UGAAACAGCUGAAGUUUCAAUAAUUGUUCUAGAACAGUUUGGAUGUUUGGAUUCAUAUUUAACUUUUGAUUAUUGGAGUUAUACAUUAUUUUAAAGAGGGAUGGUGCUUGAACAUAAAACUGAAGAUCUUAGUAAAUUUUUAAACCCUGGGGAAUUCAUUAAAAACGGGAAAAGGUAUGUACGAGUGGUGACUCAUGACAGUGUCAGAGAUCUCAUAAUACCAAACCCAAAUGCUAACUUGAACACGGCUGUCUAUUGCCCAGAAGAGCUUAAAGAGCUUUCAAACAGGAAAAAUUUAGGAACAGAGAACGUAACAGCCUUUUCCAAAAACCUUAAAGAAGAAAGGGAAAAUGAAGCUAGAAAAGCAGCUUUUAGAAAGAAGGAAUUACAGUCUUAUCCUAUUUAUAAAGAGUACGGCCCAAGACUAAACAAGUUAGAACAAGAAGCAGAAGCAAAAGCGAAUUUCCUCUUAAACCGUGCAAAAGAAAUAAGGGAGGAAGACAACGACAAGAUAAAAUUGUGCAAUAAAUUAAUACUAAGCACAAAAUGCCAUGCCAUUCGGGAUGCACAAGUUGCAGAAAAGCAGACGAUUCAGAAAGAGUUGCAAGAAGAAGAAAGGAGGCUCGACAUGAUGAUGGAACAAGAGAGGAAAAGAAUGUUGGCAAAAGAAAUGCUGGACAAAAGCGGUGACCACGAGAAAAAAGAAGCCUAUAAAAAGGCAAUUACCGAACAGGUCCAAGGAAAAAUUCUCGAGCGGGAGAUGGAAGCAGAAAGACUUAUUGAGGAAAUGAAAAUUUUGAAUGAAACAGCAAUUCAAGGUCAAAUUAAUGAGCUCCAACUCAUGCAGAAGAAAGCUGAGCAGCAAAAGAAAAUGCGAGAAGACUUGAAUAGAAUCAAUCAAACCAUGAUUGAGAGAGCGGAUAAGGAACGAAAUCAAGCAAAACUCGCUGACUUGAAAAUCCAAGAGUUUAUGAGACAGAAGGCAGAAUUGGAAGACAUGCGUGAAAAAGAGUUACUAGCUGCUAAGACAGAGAGGGAGAAAGAGUUAACCAAGCUAAGAGCAAUGCAGCAAAAGGCUCAGGAUAGAGAGAGCGAAAAAGACGCACUCCGGGCUAAACGUAGGCAAGAAGAGGUGGAAAGAGAGUGGCGUGAGAAAGAAAAACGCGUCAAAGAAGAGAAACAGAUGAAGAUGGAUAAGCUCAAACAGGAGAGAAUGAGACAGAUCGAAGAGAAAAAAAGAACCCAAGCCAUAGAGGCUGAGAGGGAGCGUCAAGAAAAUUUAAGGCUGCAGGCUGUAGAACAACAAAUCGAGAAGAAGGAACAAGAAGAAGAAAACAAAAGAAAACAGGGUCUCGAGAAGUAUAAAGCCAGCCUUUUAAAACAAAUAAACGAAAAAGAGUAUGAAAGAAUAAAAAUGAGAAAAGCAACAUAUGAAGAAGGAAUUUCAGCAGCGAUUGAGAGACGCAACCACGAAGAUUUCUUGAAAAGCAUAAUUAAGAAGAAAUUAAAUGCUAUAAGGGUAAACAACGUGCCUGAAAAAUACGUCGAAGAAAUAGAAAAAAGACUUAAUAUAAAUUAAGAUUAUGGUUUGUUAUUCCUCUUGCACUCCAACUAAUGUUGCACUAAACUUACAAAAACACAAUCUAAAAAAAAAUAAAUAAAACAAUCUGAUAAUAUG